AUGGUCAACUCCUGUUGUGGCUCUGUCUGCUCUGAGCAGGGCUGUGGCCAGGAGAGCUGCUGCCAGCCCAGCUGCUGCCAGCCCACGUGCUGCAGGACCACCUGCUGCCGCCCCAGCUGCUGUGUCUGCUGUGUGUCCAGCUGCUGCAGGCCCCAGUGCUGCCAGUCUGUGUGCUGCCAGCCCAGCUGCUGCGGGCCCAGCUGCUGUAUUUCUAGCUGCUGCCGCCCCUCCUGCUGCCAGACCACCUGCUGCAGGCCCACCUGCUGCAGGCCCAGCUGUUGCAUCUCCAGCUGCUGCCACCCCACCUGCUGCCAGACCACCUGCUGCAGACCCCAGUGCUGCCGCCCCAGCUGCUCAGUGACCACCUGCUGCCGCCCCAGCUGCUGUGUGUCCAGCUGCUGCAGGCCCCAGUGCUGCCAGUCUGUGUGCUGCCAGCCCAGCUGCUGCAGGCCCAGCUGCUGUGUGUCCAGCUGCUGCAGGCCCCAGUGCUGCCAUUCCAGCUGCUGUGGCUCCAGCUGCUGCCGCCCCUGCUGGUCCUGCUGCCUGCGCCCCGUGUGCGGCCAGGUGUCCUGCCACACCUCUUGCUACCACCCCACCUGCGUCAUCUCCACCUGCCCCCGCCCCAUGUGCUGUGCCAUCCCUUGCUGCUGA